UUUGGAGUGUUACAUGAAACAUAAGAGAAGAAAUGAAUGCAUUCAAGGCCUACAAAGCAUGUGUCCCUAUUGCAUGGAGCCGCAACUUGUACAUAACCUUGGUGAGGGGCAUUCCGGGAACAAGGAGACUUCACAGGCGAACAUUAGGGGCGUUGCGCCUUCGCAAAUGUAAUUGAACUGUCAUGAGAUAGAACACUCCUACUGUCAGAGGAAUGCUUCAGCAGGUUAAGAGAUUGGUUGUGAUUGAGACUGAGGAGAUGUAUAAAGCCCGAAAACAGAAGGAUGCAAACCAUCAAGCUCUACGUCCACCAUUUGUUGUGAGCCACCUCCCUGCCGUUGCAAGUGAUUCUUCUCAGUGAACUAUUCUUUGGAGGUUAGUUCCUAUGUCUUCAAUAUGGGCUGUUAAAAUAGACGGCCUCCACAGUAUUCAACUUUUAAGAAGGAUGUCUAGUACAGUGAACUGUUUCCAAAUUCCAAGUACUUUGGCUCGUCUUGUAUGUGGUGUUUAUUGACCCAAAUGUUGGUGGUUGUGGGAGUAUUACAGAAAAUUAUUUGCUAUUAAAAAGCUCGUGUUUUAUGUACAAUUGUGACUAUAUGACUAAAAGAUUUGCAAGGGGGAUCCAAAAGUUGGAAGAUUCAUCAAUCUUUUUGUUUAAAUGAAAUGAGACAGUGGGACUAGUGAUCUGAUGAUUUUCCUGCUUAAAUUAUUUCUCUGUUCAAUAAAGAAAUGGUUAUGUUUAAUGUCAUGCCUUGGAUAAUUGCAUUUGUACUGUUGCUUUUGGUUGACUUCAUGUCGAUAGAGUUCUAUUCCAAAUAAAACCAGCUAUUUAGAGGCUAGU